GUCCCUCCCACCUUCAGGAUCCCACAGCGAUUUCUUCACAUAUUCGCUCCUCCCCACGACAGCCAAAUCUACCUCUGCCCUCUGAGGAUGUGUGCACGGGAGAAUCACACGGCCAAUCCUGGCAAGGCUUGCGUCGCGGUCAAGCUCGCCGUCGUUGCGGGAGAUAAUAUGCGCAACAAAGAAACAGUGUUCUUUCCCUGCAACUGUGAUACCCUCCGCGUGUGGCUCUUCUUCCCGCUCGAGAAGCACCCGUGCAACAGUUGUGCGGAACACUAGCGUGCCCGCGCAAAUGCCUCGCUCAGACCAAAGUUUCGGCGACGGAAGAUGAGGCGCAUCUUCGUUCGUUGGCGGUGUGUACACUGGGUUCGGAGAAUCAGGGCUGAUAGCGCGGCGCGGGGUUGGCGCCACAUUCAGUCGCCUUAGCUUCAGCCUCCCAUUGGUGGUGCCGGGGUUUAUCGAGGUAUCGCCGUUGCCUUCAACGAUAAACCAAGCACGCACCAUGGACUCCCCGACAUCGGCCCCGCCAAUAGGAUCGUAUAUUGAUUCGUACUGCUGAU